CCGAAAGGAAGGCGGUGAACGCGAGUGUGUGUCUCUCUCGAGUCAUUUACGGCGGAGCAGCCGGCGCGAGCGCCGAGGAGGAGGCGGCGGCGGCGGCGACUGCUUCGUGCAACUGUGCCACCCCCCCGCCCCCGCCUCCUCUUCCUUUUUGCUCCUUGAUUUUUCUACCCCCACACAUGUCCAUGGGGAGCCGGCCCCCCUACCGGCAUCUCCUCUCCACUCGGCCCCGUAGGCACCAGCUGCCGCCUCCCCAGCCGGGGGCUGAGCAGGUGCUGGGUGCCCUGGCCCCGGGCUGCGCGCCCGCCUGUCGCCACCCGCAGCCCGGACUAGCGUGGCGAUCCGCUCGCCCAAACUGACUCGGAGAGAGCUUGAGCAGAUGCCCUGCCGCACCCACCCAGACGGUGGGAGAGCCAGCGUCCAGGGGCAGGGCGGGGGCGCAGGGAGGAGGAGGCGUCGGAGACGCUGAACCCCGGAAAAGUUCAAGGUUUGUGCAGGUCCCCCCAGGGAAGGCGAGGAGCGAGGCGGGGCAGAGCGCCCCUCUGCUGAGACCGCGAGACCUGAGAGAAAAGAGGGGUGGCCCGGAGCUGUCGCGGGCUGGCUGAGCCCUUCUUCAUCCUGCAGCGUGAUGGGUUGGAGGCUGGAGUCGACGCCCGGAGCAGGAAGGGCCCGGGUCCGCGCGCAUUAGCUGGUUUUCCCGCUCCCUCGUUUCUCCAAGCUCAGUCUCCAUGGGGCAGCCGGUUCCAGCCGCGCCACCCUCGCACCAGUCGCGGAGCCGCUGCCGGGCCAGGCGGCGCGGAGCCGGCCUAUGCUGAGCGCUGGCCCCGGUAGAGACGAGGGAGCGCGCUGGAGUCCAAGAGCGAGCUCUGCGAGGGGACAGACAUCUGGACGCCCACCUCGAGCUUUCCAACUGGGCGUCGCCUAGGGUGGUGGCGACCGGCGUCGCCCGUCUCGGCAGUGCACGGAAACUUUUCCUUCUCCAGAUGGAUUAAAGUUGUCUGGAUUUUCUCUUUCUUUGCGAAAGAAAUCGUUCAUUUGCACCUGACCUGGGAUUUUUAUGUCGGGCUGCUGCAGGGCUCUUGGAAGAGGAAAGCGCGCUCUCCAUGAGGGGUUACCGCCGAAACCAAGGAAUUGGGGCUUGUUUUGGAAACCUGCACCCUUGAGCGAGUUCGGAUUCGAGCUGGGCCGGGAAGCCAGAAGAUCCCACACUUCGCUCUAGGCAGCCCCCGGGACGCCAGCGGCCACCGGGCCCCGGGACCGCACGUGCGGCUCCCCCCUCGCCUCACAGAUCCUGCAGGGGGCACCAGCCCAGGGAGGUGGAGGCUCCUCCCGCCCGGAGCUGCGCCCCCACCAGCUCUGAGGGUGUAGCCCGUGGCGCCUGGGACGCCCCCACCUCUCAAAGUGUCCCCGAAUUGUGCUCCCUGGACCCCUAAGUCUCGGCCGAGACAGCUGGGCGCCACGGCCACGCUGAGCUAGAUGUAAUCAAGCCCAGCUUGGGGCCAAGCCGUCGUCGACUGUUGCCCCUCGGACCCUACCCCCUCCACCUCGCCAUGGCCCGGGAGAUGUCGGGCCGCGGUGGCGCCGCCCUGCUCUGCCUCUCGGCGCUGCUCGCCCACGCUUCCAGCCGCUCCCACACAGCCAGCCCCACCCCGAGGGGGCCGCACCCCAGCCCGGUGCUGCCGGUCAGCUACCGCCUGUCGCACACGCGGCUGGCCUUCUUCCUGCGGGAGGUGCGGCCCCCGUCUCCAGCGGUCACCAAUGGCUCCCUCCAACGCUCUGAGCCCUUCGUAGUGUUCCAGACCAAGGAGCUGCCCGUCCUCAACGUGUCCCUGGGACCCUUCAGCACCAGCCAGGUGGUGGCGCGUGAGCUCCUGCAGCCAUCCAGCACCCUGGACAUCCCAGAGCGCCUGACAGUCAACUGGAAGGUGCGGGCCUUCAUCGUGCGCGCACGCGUGCCCGCCUCGCAGCCCGUGGCACAGGUGCUGUUCUACGUGGCCGGCCGAGACUGGGACGACUUCGGCGUCACUGAGCGGCUACCCUGCGUCCGCCUGCAUGCCUUCCGCGAUGCCCGCGAAGUCAAGAGCUCCUGCCGUCUCAGCGGGGGCCUGGCCACCUGCCUCGUUCGCGCCGAGCUGCCCCUGGCUUGGUUCGGGCCCCCGGCGCCCGCCGUGCCGCCCAGCGCUCGCCGCAAGUCCCCCGACGGGCUGGAGCCGGAGGUGGCAGGGGAGGCCCAGCAGGCUGAGCUGUAUUACACCCUGCACGCCCCAGACGCCGCAGGCGGUUGUGGGGGCUCGAGGCGGGGCCCCGGACAGGGAGUGGGGGCGCGCGCGGAAAGCCCCACACAGCAUCCGCUGCUGCGCAUAGGCAGCAUCAGUCUGUUCCGCCCGCCGCCGCAGAGGACGCUGCAGGAGCAUCGGCUGGACGGCAACCUGAUGAUCCGCCUACCCGACCGUCCGCUCAAGCCCGGGGAGGUGCUCAGCAUCCUCCUCUACCUGGCCCCCAACUCCUCCUCGCCCUCCACCCCCAGCGUGGAGCACUUCACACUCAGAGUGAAGGCCAAGAAGGGUGUGACCCUUCUAGGCACCAAAUCUCGGAGUGGCCAAUGGCACGUGACGUCGGAGCUGCUGACUGGGGCAAAGCACUCCACAGCUACUGUGGACGUGGCUUGGGCCCAGGGCACACCCCUGCCCCCAUGGGAAGGCCAGGGUCCCCUGGAGAUCCUACAGCUGGACUUUGAGAUGGAGAACUUCACCAGCCAGUCAGUAAAGCGCAGGAUCAUGUGGCACAUUGACUACCGCGGCCACGGCGCCCUGCCUGACCUGGAGAGGGCAGUGACAGAGCUGACAGUCAUCCAGCGGGACGUGCAGGCCAUUCUGCCCCUGGCCAUGGACACAGAGAUCAUCAAUACAGCCAUCCUGACAGGCCGGACUGUGGCCAUCCCUGUCAAGGUCAUUGCCAUCGAAGUGACCGGCCUGGUCCUUGAUGUCUCUGCCUUAGUGGAAUGCGAGUCCGACAAUGAGGACAUCAUCAAGGUAUCCAGCAGCUGCGACUAUGUAUUUGUGAGUGGAAAGGAGUCUCGGGGGUCCAUGAACGCGAGGGUCACCUUCCGCUACGAUGUCCUCAGUGCCCCCCUGGAAAUGACCGUCUGGGUCCCAAAGCUGCCUCUGCACAUUGAGCUCUCAGAUGCCCGCCUCAGCCAAGUGAAAGGCUGGAGGGUACCUAUCCUCCCCGACCGGAGGUCAGCCCGGGAGAGCGAGGACGAGGAUGAAGAGGAGGAGGAGCGGCGCCAGAGUGCCAGCAGGGGCUGCACCCUGCAGUACCAGCACUCCACCCUGCAGGUCUUCACCCAGUUCCACACGACGUCAUCCGAGGGCACCGACCAGGUGGUCACCAUGCUGGGCCCAGACUGGCUGGUGGAGGUCACGGACCUGGUCAGUGACUUCAUGCGGGUGGGCGACCCCCGUGUGGCACACAUGGUGGACAGCAGCACCCUGGCUGGCCUGGAGCCAGGCACCACCCCUUUUAAGGUGGUGUCCCCGCUGACAGAGGCUGUGCUGGGAGAGACGCUGCUGACAGUGACAGAAGAGAAGGUCAGCAUCACGCAGCUGCAGGCCCAAGUGGUAACCAGCCUGGCCCUCUCCCUGCGGCCCAGUCCUGGGAGCAGCCACACCAUCCUGGCCACCACAGCUGCACAACAGACCCUCAGCUUCCUCAAGCAGGAAGCCCUUCUGAGCCUGUGGCUCUCCUACAGUGAUGGCACCACAGCCCCACUCUCCCUCUACAGCCCCCGGGACUAUGGGCUGCUGGUGAGCAGCCUGGAUGAGCGGGUGGCCACAGUGACCCAGGACCGGGCCUUUCCGCUGGUGGUGGCCGAGGCUGAGGGGUCAGGGGAGUUGCUCCGUGCCGAGCUCACCAUUGCUGAGAGCUGCCAGAAAACCAAGCGCAAGAGUGUGCUGGCCACAACCCCUGUGGGCCUGCGGGUACACUUCGGGCGUGACGAGGAGGACCCCACUUACGACUACCCGGGCCCCAGCCAUCCGGGACCUGGUGGAGGUGAGGAGGAAGCUCGAGGAGCUGGUCCACCAGGCACGGCAGUCCCUGCCCUGGAGGGUCCGGGCCUAGGCACAUCCAACCCAGCCGUGCCACCCACAGAAGACUUCCUGCCGCUGCCCACUGGCUUCCUGCAGAUGCCGCGGGGUCUGACCGACCUGGAGAUUGGCAUGUACGCACUGCUGGGUGUCUUCUGCCUCGCCAUCCUCGUCUUCCUCAUCAACUGCAUCGUCUUUGUGUUGCGAUACCGGCACAAGCGCAUCCCGCCUGAGGGCCAGACCAGCAUGGACCACUCCCACCACUGGGUGUUCCUGGGCAACGGGCAGCCCCUGAGGGUACAGGGCGAGCUCUCCCCGCCGGCGGGCAAUGCACUGGAGACUGUGCCCGCCUGCUGCCACGGUGACCACCACAGCAGCGGCAGCUCGCAGACCAGCGUCCAGAGCCAGGUGCAUGGCCGGGGCGAUGGCUCCUCUGGUGGUUCAGCGCGGGACCAGGCCGAGGACCCUGCCAGCUCUCCCACGUCCAAGCGCAAGAGGGUGAAGUUUACCACCUUCACCACACUGCCCUCGGAGGAGCUGGCCUAUGACUCAGUGCCCGCGGGUGAGGAGGAGGAGGAGGAUGAAGAGGAACUGGGUUGGAGCUGCCCGGAUGUGGCGGGCACCACAAGGCCUACUCCACCUCCAGACCUGCACAAUUACAUGCGCAGAAUCAAAGAGAUUGCAUAAAAGCACCACCCGGGGUGGCUGGGACAUCCUCCGUGCGGUCUGCUCCGGGUGGGACUCAGCCAGGACCCCCAGCUCACACUGAUGCAGGGCCAGCUGAUUGGUUUUCUAGCCCUUGCCCUUGCAGCUUUGCUCUGAGCCAGCAGCCACCUCCCUGUGUGGCCCUGCCAGUCGCCCACCUCUGCCCUCUCCUGCCCCCUGCAGGUGGAGGUCUCCUUCCUCCCAGGCUUGCAGGAGGAAAGUGAUCUCAGCCUAGCUCUACCCUUUCCAAACCUCUGCCCUGUCUCCAGCAUCGCCAGCCCCAAGAGUGAGGCUUGGAGGCCACUGGCUCCUGCGCGAGGGGAGCCCACACUGUGCCCGGCCCUGCCUCCCAAGCACCCUGUCUUUCCCCACUAUGCGGGGCGACCUGGGGGGUGUUGUGUCACAGGCUGCACAAAGACUUUUCUCAAACCAAUAUUCAGGGAUUUCCAUCCUGCAGGGUGGGGAGGUGGCAGCUGCCCACCUUGCCAAGGAUCUUACUUUGGACAAAACGUUUGGGGGUUUGGGGACAGUUGUGGGAACUGCCAGCAUCCAGAUGCCUCCCAGGCCCUGGGGCUGACUCUACAGAGGUGUCUAGGCACCUUCCUGGGUUCUUCCAGGGCUGUGACAGGGCCUCAGGCAGAAAGAGUCCUCAUCUCUCUCUGAUCACACCUCACCCCCACACUGUGGUCCUCAGGGCCCAAGGAAACUGGGUGCCCCUCCUCCACAGCAAGAUCGACACUAGCACGCCUUAACCGCCUGGCUGUGCUCACUCUGCUUCCCUCUGUGCCACAAGGUGGGCAGCCACCAUCUCCCCAGCGCAGAGUCCUUGGCUGGGAGGAGAGGGCACCUGGGAGGGUGUGAGGGACCUGGGGAGCACUAAGGCCGGAGGGAGCUGGCACCUCCUCUUCCCCAUCCCCUGGCCACUUUCUCUGGGUUCUACCCACCACUGUGUCAGAUUUUUUCAUAAAUAAAGGGAGGCCAUCAGACUGGGGGUGGGGGCAGCAGCUCCCAGCAAACAGACAGUA